UACCCAUAUAUGCAAACGUAUGUAUGUAUGCAUCAAACGGCUUAUUUGUGGGAAUGUUUGCCAAUUACCAGUUUUAUCUACAAUAAAAGCCAAAUUGUCUAUAUUAUAAAUAAAAGCCAGAGGUUAGAACGCAUUAGUAUUAGUACUGCCCAAUGCACAAAUUCAGGCACAAUUCAAAUAUGAAACGCACAUAAACGAUUAAUAUCACAUUCGUUUUUAAUACGGUCACAAUCAACAAUUUGACUUGGAAUUGAGUGUCACGCAUACAUUGUGUAUGCCAAAAAUAUUAAAAAAUUUUAUAAAAAAGCAUAAAUACGACAAAAUCUAAAAUACACAUGAACACCAAAAAUUAGUAUAUUAAAAUUUUUUUAUUUAGGUAACGUUUAAAAACUCAACUUGCCCUAGCAGAUAAACAACAAAUUGAAGAUCAUAUAAAAUCGACAUUAGGAAGGAGUAGCAUUCAUUUUACAUGAAUCAAAAUCCUAGUAAAAAUCGCAAUAUGAGUGGCAGUCUCAAGAAUUCAACUCCUCAAACCCCCAACAUAUGUUCGCAAGUUCCUAGCCGACCACGUAACCGCCAAUUUCGUUUAAUGUCAACAUCAGUAAAUGAAGAGGAAUUAUCUCCAAAUUCACCGCCCACUAUUCUUAACAUAGUGGUACCCAGUCAAAUAGGCAGUGAAACGUCCGUUGUAAGUGCUGGUUUCAAUGCAGCAUCGUUAAAUGUGGUCACAAAAUCGUCAGUGCCGUUUGUGUCGUCACCGAUGUUAGAUUCGCAUGAGUACUAUGAGAAUUCACAACAUCCUCAAUAUGAUUCGUGGCUUGAACAAUCUCAUUCAACCAUUAAAUCGUCCACAAAGAAGUGCCAGUCAAAAUCUACCAAAACUGAAAAAGCCUUUUCUAAGGAGGAAAGCUUUGAAUCUCAACAAUCAGCUUCAAUUUGUCAUCCUUGUAAACCCCCGCAACAUGAUGUAAGCUAUUUGAAGCAGCGUCAGUAUCGUUCUGAAACGGGAAAUUGUGGAGAUGCAGCUAAAUUGAAUGGGCAAUUAAAUGAAAUGUUUGUUCGACGCUUCAUAGACAUUGAAAAUGUGGCGAAAGGCGACACGGAUAUCAAGCUUGUAACUUAUCAGGAAUGGGUGACUAUGCUAAUGCAAAUCAACGAAGUUAUCAUUGCUAAUAUGACAGAUCUAGAGAGCGAGGUAGCAGAAAGGCUAGAAUGCAUGAAACGUCGGAUUCAAUCUAGCUGUAGCCAAACCAGCAAUAAUGAACAUAAAUAUCGCCAGGACAUUUGUUCGCUAAUGAAACUCAUAAAAAACGCAUAUCGUCAUGAUAACUGGGAUAUUCAAGGACUUGAAUUUCAGACUGUAAAUCUAACUGAGAUUUUGGGCAUGAGAAAUACUACUUGUUCGGACCCAGAAAAAUCAAACAUUAUGAGGCUAGAAUACGGCGAAGACGAUCGAGACUCCCCCAAAAGGUGUUGUCUUAAGGAGCCCGAGGUCGUUUUGCAAAAUGGCGGAGAAAAUGAUCAGCACUCGAUCUGUGUUGGCAGUUGCGCUAAUAUCUGCAAGCAAAAUGAAAACGUGGAGAUUGUAACAGAUCACUCAUUAGAUCCAUGCAAAAAGAGUUGCCUUGCAAAUCCACAUAACUCCAAUUCCAAUUUGCGUGCUCUAGCAGAGGAGGUAGCCGAAAAACAUGAUGAAAUCUGUGACUUAAGGCGACAAAUUUCCUGCUUAGAGGAGGAAAUACAGAAGGCGCAACAAAAGAUUCAACUAAAGGACAAUGUUAUAAAAGAGUUGCGAAAUGAUUUGAAAUGUGUCAACACCAAGCUAAUUGAUAACGGUUCGGAUAUUUGUGGUACAUGUGGCGAAGCAUCGUCUAAUUUUAGUAUGCCACCGAUCAACUUGGAAGAACUGUCGUCCCGGAGUGCUUCGACACAAGUUUCUGCUGGUUUAAAAUCAUGCAACCAGUUCUCAUUUAUUGCUGAAAACUUGUCAUAUGAUUCAUUGAGUAAUGCCGGUCAAGUGGAACAACAAAAAUUAAAAGCUCUCGAAAUUGAAUUAAACGAACUUUUUCAUGUUACUAAGGAGUUUAAAAGCCAAAAUCUGGAAUACCAUCGAAAGCGGCUGUCGGAUAUUUUGAAAAAAUCAGAAAGUGAAAAAGCAGAAGCCUAUAGAAAGUUAGACUCCAUUCGCAAGCAACUCAUUAAUUUAGAAGCUUCUACCGCAUUGUCAUUUAAGAGCUGUUGCAAUGAUUCUGAUUCAGGUUUAAGCUCCAAAUGCGACAGUGACCAGGAUGCUAAGAUAUUUGAUGCUCUUCGAAAUCGUUUACAACGUCUUAAUGAAAUGAACACGGCAUUGAAUCAUCGCGUUCAAGCGCUCACAAUUGAAAAUAAUGAACUUUCGACAUGCUUAAAAACAGAGCAGACUUUUGCAAAGAGGAAUAGUGAUACACUAAAGAAUCUAGCUGAUAUGAUUUGUGGAAUGUCGAACCAGGAAUUUGUCUAUGAUGAUAUUUAUAAUAGAAAUUCUGAGUCUAACCCUUUCUGUCAAGCCAUCAUUAAAAUGAAAUACGAUUUCCAGGAAAAGGAACGUAAACUUAUGAAUAGUUUAUCAAUAAAACACGAACAGCUAGCCAAACUGCAGAAAUCUCAAAUUUGCAAUCAGCAUGAACUCAAACAAUUAGACAGCAGCACCACAUUGGUAAGUCUUAAUUUGCUGGCACUAAAGUCGGUGCAUAUAGUUUUGUUAUCAGUUAGGAUGAUACUCUUGUAUCGAUCCUGGAUGACUGAUAUUGGACUAAAUAAAAGAAGAUAUCACUAAAUAAAAGAAUCAGAUCUUUA